AUGGCCAACAAUAGCUUGGGCUUGGCUGGUAUAACCUUCAAUGGCGCCUGUCCAGCACCAUUUCUGGACCUUUCUGAUUAUCCACACACAGGAGGAAACAUUAAUGGACGAUUCUGCGGACCGUCGAACAUCCUCCCCGGCGGACCAUCCUGCUGUCUACCAUGCCCAGCAACCCAAUGGGUCUACAGCGAGUCCUUCAACCGCUGGGCCGUCGCUUCCGACUGGCUCAACGUCGUCGGUCUGGUCCUUUUGGUAUUCAUGCUCGCAUCCUACGCCUUCCUCCCCUCCCAAAAGACCCGUUCGCACUACCUCUCCAUCUGCCUCGUCAUCUGCAUCACGUUCCUCGCCCUGGGCUUCACAAUCCCGCUCGCCGCCCAACCAGACCAAUGCUACGACGGCAUCACCCCAAACGACAUGUACAGCUCCAUGGAAUGCGCCUGGAGCGGAGCCUUCAUCAUCGCCGGAGGCAUGGCCGCCGUCGUAUGGAUCUUCAUCCGAGCGCUGAGCAUGAAUCUGCAAAUUUGCUGGGACAUUGUCCCCGGCCAGAAAUUCUUCUACGUCGCUCAAGCGUUGGGAUGGGGCAUCUCCGCCGUCCUCUUCACCACCACCAUCACCCUCACCGGCGUGUCUUUCCGCUUCGGAACAGCCUGCCACGUCAACCAUGGGAACGCAAGAGCCGGUUUCUGGGGUCCUCUCAUGGGCAUCGCCGCAUGCGCGGGUAUCCUCCAACUCGCCACCUUCGGCUACUGCAUCCACGUCUACCUCAAAAGCCUCUGGAGCGACGACGAGUCCAUCCACACCUCCUCUUCCGCCAACGGCGGUCUACCCUCCUACAACGCCAGCGUCCGCACCCAAACCGCGCGAGCGGUGUUUGAACGCAUCAAAAAAGUCCUCUGGCUGCAAUGGCGCGGCAUCGCCAUUGUGACCAUCAUUCUCGCGGACGUGGUGUUCUUCACCGUCAUCUUCCUCACGUUGGAUAGUAUGCAGGCCAAUGUCGCCGACCACGUCAAGGAACUGACGCCUUGGUACGCUUGUCUGGUCACGAAUAUCGGCAAUAGUGAUGUGUGUCUGCACUAUGUCCAAGGCUGGCUGGUGAAUGAAGGUACCGUUAUCGCUGUCUUGGUCCUGCUGGGUCUCGCGGGACUACAGAGUUUCCUCCUACUCAUGCGCCCGAGCGUGUUCCGCGCAUGGUGGGAUUUGUUGACGGGACGGUGGAAGAAGCAGGAAUUCGUCAGUCUGGACGCGACGAGGAACGCGAGUCAGACUCCGCGACGAACGGCGAGUAAACAGGCGUUGUUGAGGUUGUCCCGUGGACCUCAGGCGACGACGUUUGAAAUGCAGCAGAAGAAACAGAGUGGGGAGUCGGAGAAGACGCAGGUUACUGUCAUCAGUAAGCCGGGCGAUGUUUACUCUCCUAAUCCGGGGGAGGCGUAUCCGUUCAACAGUCCAAGCUCGGGGAGAGGAUCGCCGUUUUCGGAUGAUGGUAUGAGGACGACUUUGCCGACCAUUAUGACCACGACUGUGGAUCACCGCGGUCGCAUACCGAAUGAGUAUGUUGGCCGUAUCACGCCUUCGCCAGUGAAUGGUGCAGCUCAAGGCGAGGCGCAGAACAAUUCGUCCUACAAUCGACGAUACCCAAACUCGUCGUUUUCGAACCCGCGAGCGCCGUCGAGGAACAACAGACAAAGUCAGGCGGGAAGCGCAUACAGUGACAGCCGAUCUUGA